AUGAGAGUUUUUAAAGGCAUCUCCAGUGAGCUCCCAGAUCACCUCCUGCUCCUGGAAACUGUCAGCAUGUGGGGCCUGGUCCUGAGCCUGGUCCUAAGCCUGGGUGCAGUGCCCCCCACCCAGUCCAUAGCACCCCAGAAAUGUGCGGAGCUUCUCCGACCCUGGACAGCGCUCACGAGAAAUUUCAGUGACUAUGCUUGCGGGGGUGUCUUGGUGCACCCCCAGUGGGUGCUCUCCACAGCUCACUGCCAACCCCAGUGGAUGUCCAUGUAUUUUGUGGGUCUGCGCAGCAUGUGGGCUGGAGGCCCCAUGAAAUACCAGAUUUUCUCAAAGGUGACAAGAUUCCCGCACCCUCAGUUCAAGGAGAGUCUCCUGAGCAAUCACCACCACGAGACAAAGGAGACCUACAGUCACGACCUUCUGCUGAUCCGCCUGCCAAGGCCGGCCCGCCUGGACUCCAAAAAGCAGGUCGUGGCCCUGCCCAGCCAGGAGCCUCAAGCUGGGAGCAGAUGCUACGCCUAUGGCUGGAGCUUCCCGGGGCAAGUUGACUUUUUUCACCACUUUCCAACCUGUUUGGAUGUUCAGCUCCUGCCCAAGGCUCAGUGUCCUGUCCACAGGCCGGUGACAGACUCCUUGCUGUGUGCUGGGCCCAUGAAUGACCAGCGAGAUUUCUGCCUGCAUGAAGCAGGCAUCCCUCUGAUCUGUGAUGGAGUGCUGCAGGGCAUCCUCACAAUGGACCACAUUCCCUGCGACAGUUUCACUGGGAAAUAUCUCUUCACCUGUGUGCUUGAGAACAAGAAGUGGAUUGAAGACACUAUAGCCCAGAACACUUGA